GGUGAGGAGGGAAAAUACUGUAUUUGGAUCAUUUGUGUUCUGGUUUUGAACUGGACUUUAUAUCACCUCAAAAAGUCUGCUGCUCAGCGUCCCUAGCCGGUUCAGAUAGCCACACCGCUAGCUAGUUGUAUGUAUAGUUGUGUUUGGUUAAUUAAGCUGGACACUAUUUAAAUUCAAACCUGGAGCAGUCCACUAAAGAGAAACCUCACACAUGCACUUUUAGUUCUUGAGGCUUUACCGGGUUUAAGCAAUGAGAGCCUUUAUGAAAGAAGACUGAAGAUGUUCACAGACUCUUCUGGAAAGUGGUAAAAGUUCUCAGCGCGGAUCUCAUAAGGUUUCCGCUACCGGACGAGUGAUUGUUCACACGGUGUGUCCGGAACUUUUCGGUGGAAUGGUUGACCUGCUAAAGACUCGUCAAUGUCUGUUGUGUGUCCGCACUUUCUUUAGCAUGACGUCCAAGUUAUGGAGUUUAUUUUUAUUUAUCCUCAGGAAACCGCUAAGAACGAUAAUCCAAUAUCAGACAGUGCGAUAUGACAAUUUACCCUUGUCGCCGCUGUCUAGAACCAGACUCAAUGGAGUAAAACGGAAGAUUCUGGUUUUAGACCUCGAUGAGACAUUGAUUCACUCCCAUCAUGAUGGGGUUCUGAGAUCAACGGUACGGCCGGGUACUCCACCAGACUUUAUCUUUAAAGUUGUUAUAGACAAGCACCCAGUCAGAUUUUUUGUGCAUAAAAGGCCCCAUGUGGAUUUCUUCUUGGAGGUGGUCAGUCAGUGGUACGAGCUCGUAGUGUUCACUGCUAGCAUGGAAAUCUAUGGCUCUGCAGUAGCGGACAAGCUGGACAACAACAAAGGCAUCCUGAAGCGCAGAUACUACAGACAGCACUGCACACUGGAUCUGGGUAGUUAUAUAAAAGACCUGUCUAUCAUACAUAGUGAUCUUUCCAGUAUAGCAAUUCUUGACAACUCGCCUGCAGCAUAUCGCAGUCAUCCAGAUAACGCAAUACCUAUAAAAUCAUGGUUCAGUGAUCCCAGUGACACAGCACUUCUUAACCUUCUGCCAAUGUUGGAUGCACUAAGAUUCACAGCUGACGUUCGGUCCGUCCUUAGCCGAAACCUGCACCAGCAUCAACUUUGGUGACCGUCCCACUGGGAGACGUAGAGUUUUUAACUUCUUCCCAUACAGACUCUGUCCCUCAGUUCCAAACCCUCUUUUAUACAACAGCAGCACACAUGUGAUCAGGUGAAGGUCCAAACUGAACUUGCUUGAAGGCAGUAAAAAACAUUGGGAACAUG